AGGGCUUUAUGCUCGCCCCCUUCCCCAGCUAUCUAGUCACCCCCCAUGACAUCAUGAAACACAACUACACUAGCCGACAAAAUGAACCCCAUAGCAUUGUCGUGCGUCAGAAAUUAACCCUGUAGUAUGUUUGUAAAUUAACCCCACCACAUGAAGCCUUUACAACAAAAUAAUCCGGCCACUAUGGGGCUCGUGUCAGCGUUAUUUCUAACGGCAUGCGACAAUAAUUUUUACACCAACCAUAGCUAUGGUCGUGGGCCUCCGGAUUGAUGAAAUUAAGGCACGACGAAUUUACAACCACUUUUCACAAGCAUUAGCAUUAUCCCCCUUCAAUCAUCAUUUUUAGAAAAAUUAAAUCUUAUCCCAAAAUGAAAAUGAAACAUUUACUCCUCUGCUAUUAUUGUGGCCGAUCAGGAUCUGCAAACGCGACUUAACGUGAUAUAAUUUCACAAGAAAAAGUAGUAUCGCAGCCCGCUGUCGUGCCAGCCGCAGCCCUCCUGUAAAGUUCAGCCGCGCGGAACAGCCGAUGUUAGAAGUUCCAAAAAUUGUUUUGCGAGAAAAAGCACGGCGAAGAACUGCGACACCAUCUGGCCUGAUGGGACGAAGUAGCUGCUCCUGCGAGAUGAUGCAGAGGCCUGGCGAUAGAAGCAACGGUCUUCUCGCUAGAAGCGAGGAGCUGCAGGAGAGAAGGCGCUGGAAGGAAAGCUACAGGCGUCCACAUACGAGAAGAAGGGCAAGGGCUCCGAGUUCUACAACUUGCAGGAGAAUAAAAGUUGCGGGUUGCAGGAACACGUCGCAGCAGGCAGCGAGGACAUCGAGGCCUUCAUCGAAGUCACAACAAGCCUCUCCUCCAGCACCACACCUCGAGCGUGGCCUCGCAGUAGAGAACGAUAGUAGAAAAGCCUUGCAGUGUGGUUGGUGGGUUUCAUUUCCCACUCUCGCCGCUAUGCUGCUCCGCCUGCUUAGAAGCUGUUCCGCAACUACUUCUAGAACACCUUCCACGAGGUUCACACCUUGUUCCACGAGGUUCUUCACCUCUGGAAGGUGCUCUCGUGUUUCCGAGCUUGUCGCAGUUCUCCUAUUGCCGUUGUUCUUCGUGCUACGAGAACAUCACGACCCGAGUCUAGUUGAACAAGGUCACCCUCCACACCCCGUAUUCAAGGGAGUUCUCGUCUCUGGUCUCGAGUUCCGAACGGUGGGGCGGAGGAAAAAAGGCCGGGAGAACAAAAUACUCGGGAAAAGGACUGCGUCGAUUAUGAGGAAGAAGGUAGACCACGCGGACAACUACAACAUCAGUGUGGACCACGACCAGCAGCAGCAUGACAAAAUAUCGUCAACAAAGCUGGACAACAAAGACCACGCUAGUGGUCCUUCAUCUUCGAUGUUGGCCACAAGUUCGACGACGUCCACUGCCCUCGCAGCAAGAAGGUCUAGUACAGCUACGUCUUCCGCUGUUCUUGAGAGUAGGAGAAAUAGUAGUCCGACAAGUGGUAAAAUACCACCAGUACAACUACCUGGAGAGCCCCCUCCACCGGGCAGCGUGGCGCCGGAGCCGCCAGAUGGAAAGUUUUAUCCACGGACGAGCCAACAUGAUGCUCAUCCUCCGUCACAGCAGGAGGUAGUAGAACAUCAACACGACCUGCAGCCCCCCGGAAGUACGACUGAGUUCAUCUCAACGUCUGCUCACCUCACGCACGACCGACAGCGGCCGGCGCGGGGUACUACUUCUAAUAUAGGGCAAGAAGAACUACAGCAGGGAGAUGUUAUUUCUACGAUGCAGCGGUUCGUCGUGCCUGGGCCGUCGGAGGGAGAAGGACCACCCGACGGCACUUCUUCUUCUGCUUCUGCUGUGCUGGAAGUGAAAAGAACAAGAACUACUCGACGAAGUGUACUACGGCCAGAAAUAAAGGUGGAACAAGCAGGAGGACAAGCUCUACGACCUCCUGCUCUUGUUCCACCAAAAAGACCGCCGGAAAGAAAACCGCACGGGACAACACGAGCGAUAGCAAAGCAACUGCACCAGGGCCACGAGGAUGUUGAUGAACAGGCUCCACUACUCGUUCCAGGGGAUCAACCUGAAGAUGCUAGUCGUGCAGCGGUGCCCUUCAUGUCAGAGGCAGUAGAUGAAGGUGUAUCUUCAGUCGACCUUGUGCAGCGCCCAGGAGAAGGCGGAUAUGUUGCUGGAAUACUAGCAUCACGCCGUCCUGCAAGCGUAAUAUCGGUAGUGGAGAAACAAGCGGAGAGUAGGAGACACAAAAAUUAUAGGUUUCUCGGCCAUCCUCAAGGUCAAGACCCUCAAAAGGAUUCAGUCUUCGAAAUGGGAACCAGCAGAAAUGGGGUGAUGUUGAAAAUACCUAAGAACAACACUUUCACGUCGACAAAUAGAACAGCCGGAAAAAUAGCAGAGCUGCACCAGAGUCUCUCAGUGGUGGAGCGACACAACCAGCACUUGGGGGGAAGAAGAGCAGCAUCAAACCACGAGGUGGCCUCGUGGUUGUCCGUUGAAGAUGGUGGUUCGAUCGACUUUCAGCAGUUGUUCGGGGACACGCUGCCGCGUCACAUGACCUGGGAGCACUUGUUUUCAAAUCCAGCGGCGAAGACGGUCCAGGGACAGCCGACGGGGCUGCUGACGCGUUACUUUCAAGCGCCUCAAGGUAAUAACGAACUCGACGUGUCGAAUGAGGCGGUGGCGGCCAUAAUUCAGCAGUACGGGCAAACGUUGUGCUCGACGCUUUCGUUCAAUUCCAUGCUCGCGGCGAGCUCCCUGCACAAGUCGCCCCCACACGGGGACGGCGGAAAAGCGUAUCAGUGCAACGAUGACGGCUUGCGUUCGGUGUUUUAUCCCAAUGGAGUAGGAAGGGAGUGGAGCAAGAUGUACGGGGCUCCGGACGAUGCGAUUGGUUAUGAUCAUCAGGGAACAACGCUGCUGGGCCGGUGGCAGCUGCUCGUCACCCAAUACGGAGAACACGUGGCCGAUUCGUGGUUUGAUGGCAGUGACCAAAUUUGUGAACGAGAUUGUAGCCUGUUGUCCACGGCGACAACUGCCAUAAGCGCGGCGCCCCGCGUAAUCACCGAGGCCGCGCUGGUGAACAUUGUGCUCCGCUGCGUGCAGAUGGAUUUCGGGCGUACUAUGUGGGCGAACGGGAAGGACGUUGCUAAUGACGGGACAAACGGCGCCAUAAUGUAUGCCACGGCUGCGAAACCCGAUCCCUCAUAUGGAGAGGACCAGAUGUUCCACUACCCAUGGCUCGAGCCAAUGGGGGACCAGGGUAACCCCGAGUACGACUACGCGCUGGUGUACAACAUUACGCAGACCAGUUGCAAGACGCUGCCCGGGUGGUUGUCGCACGAGGAGCUGGCAGCGCGCAUUCAGGGCUACCUCGCGGGCGUGUGCAUGACGUCUUCGGUGAACGAUUGCACAUCUGCGGGCGUGCGGCCGCGCGUCUUCCCACGGGACGUGGCUAAGGACGCAGAGCUCCCGGGAGGUGGAAAGUGGUUUACGAGUGGCGCGGUGUGCGAAACAGCCAGCAACAAUGCUGCAGCCUACGAUACAAUGAAACAAGCGAUGCGACUCGACCUGCAGUCGCCGGACGGGGGUGGCAUUAUGUAUUUUACGAAGCCCGCGUAUCCGGGCCUGCUCGCGGGGGAGGACCCGGAGGCCACGAGUUGGCGAUCCACGUGCAUUCCCAGCACGGCAGAUGACAAAGAAUUGGCUGCAGACAAUCUUGAAGGCCUGAUCGAGCUGCACAACAUCUAUAACCGGCUCCAGGAGUAUUGCAAGCUCGUGAUGCUAUACGACGGGAAUGCCGACGAUCUGCUGUAUAAGGCCCAACUGUUUGUCGUGUACGGAAAGGUAGAACCGGGUGAAAGCGCGGGUGAAAACUCGGCCCCGCACAACGCAGCCGAGACCGCUUUCGCUUACCACGAGCACCGGAAGAACGGAUGUAGGGCGCUGCUCUACAUGGACCGGGCAGAGCCCGUGCGCCACACGGACGGCAGCGUGCGCACGUCAAAGGGGGUCACGGGCGUGAUGGACUCGUGGCAGCAGCCGAAGGGCUACGUGAUUCCGGGGGACAACCCGGAGGGGCACGGGCUGUGGGAGGGCCACUUCCUGUACGCAGGUCUAGACUACGCGGAGGAGUUUACAGAACUGUCCCUCGGGGGGCCCGGAGGCGGGGACGGAAGCAGCGGAGAUGCAACAUCGACCGGCGCCAACAGCACGGAUGCGGGUGACGCGGGGAGUACCACACCCGCGCCUGCGCCGUCCUCAAGCACGGACGCCGCGGGUGGGGAAGGUGACGCCGGACCCACGACUCCUACACCAGCGGCACAGGGGGAAACCGGUGGCGACGGGUCGACCGGGGACAGUGGUGGGAGCGCGGAGGGGGAUGAAGGCAACAAGACGAUAUCCCACAGAAAAGUAAAACCCAAAUAAUUGCCAGGAGAAAAGCAUCAAAUUUGUCUUGCGGUUUUUAGGUGCAGUUCACAAUGACAAUUCACACGCACAUCAAGGUGGUCUGUUCAGCAUUGAUAUUAUGGCAAAGUUCUUUUUCGCUAUUGGUGCUCCAUAGUGUCGCUAGACCGUUUGAUAAUUAGAAAUGGCACUGUGUCGAUGUGACAGAAAGCCACCUCUCCUGUGCUAAGUACCUCCGCUUUGUUACAGGGCUACUUGCCGUGGUGCCAAUCCCAACUCAAUAGCAACACAAAUAUAUUAGUAUACCUUUUCUCUCUGGUACUAUGGGUGUGGUUUUCUGCGUGAUAGAAUUCUGAAACGGAGGACGGCAGCGGCGACGAAGAAGGAAGCAACAACGGCCUCUUGUUCGCCUCGCUGGGCAUCAUCACCGUGGGAGUUUUGAUCGCGGUUCUUGGGGUCUUCUGCACGUGCGACGACGACGACAAGGACAAGAAGGAUAAAAAGAAAGACAAAGAGAAAGACACAGACGCGAGCAAACGGUCCAAGGAAAACAAGGACAACCGGAAGAAGAAACAAGUCACUAGCUCCUCGAGUAGCAGCAGUAGCGACGGCAGGAAUAGGAGUAAGGGAAAAGAUAAGGCUAGCUCCCGCGAUCGGGAUCGACGCGAGAAAGACCGGGCGAAGGAAAAGGCGGAGCGGGACAAACAGGAGCGCGAAAAGCUGAAUCAGCGCGUGAAGCAGAUUCAGGCGAUGACUAAGGGCGGCAAGCGGAGUUCCAGCAGUAGCUCGGAAGACCGACGGAAGAAGAAGAAGGAUAAGGAGGAUACUCCUUCGAAGUCGAAGGCGAGCUCCAGCAUGAGCAAGAAGAAAGACAAAAACAAGUCCUCUUCCAGUAGGUCCGCGGGGCUGUUUAUCGAAGGAAAAAACUGUGUUAGUGUAGGUCUCUUGGGAAAACAGCAUGACAAGUUUGUCUGCCAUGACAGGAAAACCUUGUCAUGCGCAGAUAGGACGGGAAAACACGGAGGAAGCGAGCCCACCAUGCAUGUGGAGCAUGACAAGCGUAACUGUUUUGCAUUUUCUGCAUCGCAGACUUACACUUACACAGUUUUUUUCUUGCAUACUGUUGGCGCAGCACCGCGAGAAGGAUGUAGACCCCGACGACAAGCCAAUUAACAACCCGAUCCCGCGCAACCGCAGCAAGUACGGGAAGCACGCGAUCGUCAACGUGUUCACCGCAUCCGGAGCCGACGCCGACGUGCCAGUCACGCCCUUCACCCAGCCACGGGGCUCCAUGCUCGCCGACGCCGCGCGCGCCGAGUUCCAGGCCAACCGGGCCUCGAUGCGCCCGAGCGGCUUUGCCGCCCUCGUCGCGUCCCGGGACAUUAACAAGCGGUCCGGGGGAGGUGGGGAUAAGAAUAAGGAAAGUGAUAAGGUGCAAAGGGGCUUUUCCCGCGAAAAGCUCGCGAAAGACCAAAAGUCAUCGAAAGGAAAGAAAAAUAGGCGCGGCGACGACGACUGACAAUAGCGAGAAAGGUCGUCGAAGUUGUCGGCGGCCGAGUCAGAUAGAAAUUUUCUUGCAUCAGUACUUUAUUUUCGCAUUUAGAAGGUUUAUUUCGCACAAUUUUUUUACAAUAUAGGAUUUACCAAUAAUUUAGGCAAGAGAAAUCUUCGUGUACAAUAUCUGUAGAAGAAGUACAAACAGCGUACGACGUCCCAUGGUAAUUUUAAAAAGAUAAAAGAAUCAAUCUAUCUAACUGUUCUGCUCUCGAG